ACCGGUCGUUAUUUAUACAAGUUGACGAGUUGAUUUUGCUCAGUUGGUGAUUUAACAAUUCGAAAGGAAUUCGCAUUAAAUAUUUUAUUACUACAACUUUUUAAAAAGUAUAAUCUUAAUAAGACAAUGAGUGGUGGUAAACAUUUAGCUAAAGGCUCUCAAAAACCAGAAUUGCCCGAUGAUGGCAUUCUGCGCUUGUAUUCCAUGCGUUUCUGUCCAUAUGCCCAUCGCGCACACUUAGUAUUAGAUGCUAAGAAUAUACCAUAUCACACCAUAUUUAUCAAUCUUACGGAAAAACCUGAAUGGCUUACUGACUACAGUCCCUUGGGUAAAGUGCCGGCACUACAAUUAACCAAAGAAGAAGGCAAUCCCGCUCUGAUCGAGUCAUUGAUUAUUGCUGAAUAUUUGGAUGAAAAGUACCCAGAGGUACCACUCUUCCCCAAAGAUCCACUAAAGAAGGCACAAGAAAAGAUACUCAUUGAACGCUUCAAUUCGGUAGUCAGUGCCAUGUAUAAAGUAUUUUUGGGUGGCAGUGAGGCAGCGCCUGGUGCAUUAACGGAAAUCUCAAAAGGCUUAGAUGUAUUCGAAAAGGAAUUGAGCACUCGUGGCACACCAUACUUUGGUGGCGACAAACCUGGCAUGUUGGACUACAUGAUUUGGCCAUGGUGUGAACGUUCAGCCAUGUUGAAAUACUUGCUCCCCGACAAGUAUGAAAUGGAUAAAGAACGCUUUGGCAAGCUGAUUCAAUGGCGCGAUUUAAUGAUUAACGAUCCAGCAGUGAAGGGUUUCUAUUUGGAUGGCGAAACUCAUGCUAAGUUCAUGAAAGCACGACGUGAAAAUACUCAUGAUUAUGAUAUGCUCGUGAGCGAUGCUAAGCGACAAAGAACUUGUUAAGGAUUAGACAAACUUUAACAAUAGAUUUUGGAAUUUUGUGAUUUGUAUUUAAAAUUCAUCGGCACAAAAAAACUCGAAUGGCAAAUAUCACUGCUUUACAUAUCCUUAUAACCGCUUAAAGUCAUACUGUGUUCAUUACAUACAUAUAUAUUUUUGUAUAUUCAAAAAAUUUUCAUAAAAAAAAACUCAAAUGCGAUACAUUUGUUUUGUA